AUGAAUGUUGUCGGAUGUCUAAUACAUUAUAUAUUGACCACUAAUAUUAUCUAUCUAUCUAUCUAUCUAUCUAUCUAUCUAUCUAUCUAUCUAUAUAUAUACCAGUCAGAAGUUUGUCUGUUUGUUAAUUUUGCCACUGAAAACCGUUUGCUUGCGAUCAUUACGAUUAGUGAUGUCGGCGUCGGCGUCUCAACGAAAAAUUCUGAGCAGUUGGAGCUCAUCGACGAUGUCAAAGUGAAGAAACUCAAACUGGCCGCUGCAGCCAAUAAGUACGGAAUCGGUUAUUCAACAGCAGCAAAAAUUCUCAAGAAAGAAGACGAUCUCAGAUCUUGCAUGCAAAUCAACGGAAACACUAAUCGCAAACGAAAGCGCCAAUCCGUGCACAAGGACGUUAACGAAGCGCUUACACAAUGGUUUACGCAAGCAUGUGCUCAUGGAGCUACCGUCACCGAUCACGUUUUCAGGCAGAAAGCAUCACAACUGGCCGUAAAUCUUGAAGUUGAUUUUGAACCGAGCAAUGGCUGGCUCAUGCGCUGGAAGCAGGCCAAUAACGUUUCGUUCAAAAAAUUUCACGGCAAAUCAACGUCAGCAGAUCACGGUUCUGCCAAGGAAUGGGUGACAAACGUUUUGCCGCAACUUUUUCGUGGAUAUGAUCCAAAAGAUGUUUGGAACUGUGAUGAAACGGGAAUUUUCUACAAAGCCAUGCCGUCUGGAUCUUUGCGAUUUGCCGGUGACGAACAGUCAAAUGGGACAAAAGUUCCCAAAGACGGACUCACGAUACUUCAGUUCACAAACAUGGACGGCAGUGAAAAGCAGGCUGUAGUUGUUGGUAAGUCGGCAAAACCACGCUGCUUUAAAAAUGUCAAAACUCUGCCGUUUUCUUACUUCGCUAAUCGUAAAGCCUGGAUGACUAGUCAGCUGUUUACUGACGUUAUGAAAACGCUUGAUCGAAAAAUGAUUGCUCAAAAUCGAAAGAUUAUUCUGUUUUUGGACAAUGCAACUUGUCAUAACUUACUGUCGGGUACAAAUCUGUCAAACAUCAAACUGUCGUUCAUGCCACCAAACACCACCAGUCUCAUUCAACCUUUGGAUCAAGGCAUCAUUCGUUCAUUCAAAGCGUAUUAUCGUUGGGAACUUGUUCGAAUGCAAAUCGCAGCAAUCGAUGCUACACCGCCAGUGCCGCUGUCCGAGGUGGCCAAACAGAUAACUGUUUUGAAGGCCAUGCACAUGAUGAAGCGAGAACUUUUCAUGCCUAUACUCUCUCUCUCUCUCUCUCUCUCUUUCUAUUCCCUUCCAUCUCUUUUUCUCUAUACACUCACUCUCUCACUCUAUUCUUUCUUAAUACAUUAUCUACUUUCCCUGUCAAUCUCUCCUCUACACACAUACACAUUUUCUGUCCUCUCUACACCUACACAUUUUCACUAUACUUCUCCAUAUACGCUUUUCUCUUUCUCUUAUCUUCUAUCUCUUUUUUCUAUACACACACUCUACCCCCUCUACUCUCUGUCUGUCAUUCUGUGUCUCUCUCUCUUUCUCUCUCUCUCUAUAUAUAUACAAUGGCUUACUCCCGUCUAUACUCUUUUUCUCUCUCCUUCUCUCUCUCUCUUCCGCAGUCUAAAGUAG